GGCAUCAAGUUGUCAGCAGAGGUCAAACCAUUUGUUCCAAAACAUGCGGCGGUAACUGUGGCAUGGUCAGAACCCUCAGAAGCAUGUGUCUUUCCUAGGUACUUAACUACAUGCUACCCAUUUGUUCAGGAACCAUCUUUGGAUAAGCAACAAGUAUAUGCUGAAGAUUUGCCCCGGGAUGACUUCUCAUCUCUUUCUCAAUGUCCAUCACAUAGUGUUCUGGGAGAUCCUGCCUUCCGCGAAUACUCCAGCUGCUGUUACUCACCUGAUGUUGUUUCAAAUGUAUAUCCAGUAGCUGGCUUACAAUAUCAUUCUAACAACUCAACACACUAUAAUGGUUCAGGAAUAGUCAGUGAAUCUGCUGAGCAAACGUAUCCAAUCAAACAAGAAAGUAAGAAUCUUUCAAAGGAAGAUACCUCUGUGGAACGCGAAGCUUCAUCAAAAUCUUUAGGUGAAACGGUAGCCAGCUUAAUUCCGUCUUCAUUUGACAGUAGAGCAUUUACUGCGCCACCUGCAGAUGGCUCUGCUCAGCCACAUGUGUCUUGGGCUAUGGUACUUUCACAGCCCCCAAAGAAAAUUGUGUCAUCACCAGCAACUGAAGGUCUUUCUGAAGGCAAAGGGAAGGAGGAUAAUGAAGCAAAGGAACCACCAAGGAUUGAGGAUGCUGAGGAGUUUCCUGAUCUGGCAGCUGCUUCUGAUAGGAGAAACAGGCUAGGAUCUCAGAAAUCAUCAUUUACUCCUGCUGAAACAUCCAGGAACAGCGGUAAGAAGAGUCAAAUUCCUGUGCAAUUGGAUUUGGGUGGCAUGCUGGCAGUCUUGGAGCAGAAGCAGCAAACAGAGAAGUCAAAACAGUCUUCUAAACCUGUGGUGUUUUCAGUUGGUGGUGCCAUACCAUUGCUUUCUAAAGAACCUGCUACAACCACAAAAAGUUACCGGUUAAACCAAGGGAAGAUGCCUCAUAACCCUUUGGAUUCCAGCGCUCCUUUGGUAAAGAAAGGGAAACAGAGAGAAGUCCCUAAAGCAAAGAGACCAACACCUCUUAAAAAGAUUAUUCUGAAAGAAAGAGAACAACGAAAACAGCAACACCUUUUAGAACAGACAGCAGUACCAAAAAAUGAAGAUAAUAUUUGUCAGUCUGCCGAAAAUAUUACUGAAGAUGAAACACUUCUACAGGGUAGUCAAGCAGCUGUUCCAGUAAUGCAAGUUGCUGAAGGGCUUCUGGAGAACACAGGGAUCAAGGAAUCUACAGAAGGUUCUAUGACUUCAAAGCAGCUAACCUCCCAUCUUCCAAAAAUCCAUAGUAGGAAUUUUAGAGAUUAUUGCAGCCAGGUACUUAGUAAAGAAGUUGACAGUUGUGUGACCGAUCUCUUAAAAGAACUGGUUCGUUUCCAAGAUCGCUUGUAUCAGAAAGACCCAGUAAAGGCCAAGAUAAAACGCAGGCUUGUCAUGGGUCUUAGAGAAGUUUUGAAACAUCUGAAGCUGAAAAAACUGAAGUGUGUCAUCAUCUCUCCUAACUGUGAAAAGAUUCAGUCAAAGGGUGGGUUGGAUGAGACUCUACACAACAUCAUCGACUGUGCCUGUGAACAGAAUAUCCCAUUUGUUUUUGCCCUUAAUCGCAAGGCCCUAGGCCGCUGUGUGAACAAAGCAGUGCCUGUGAGUGUGGUCGGAAUUUUUAGCUAUGAUGGGGCUCAGGACCAUUUUCACAGAAUGGUACAACUGACAACAGAGGCCAGGAAGGCCUACAAAGAUAUGAUAGCAACUUUAGAGGAAGAAGCUAAAGGAGGACUAAGAGAAACCCAACCCAGCAUUUUAACCACUGAAUAUGAAAAAAAUGGCUUAUCAGAAACUGGUAAAACAUCUUCCAAGGACUCUGAUGAAGAUGUACCAAAUUAUAUUAAAAUCUGGAAGAGAAAACUUGAAGAAGAGUAUAACCCAUAUGCACUGGAACUGGAAAAGGGUGCAACUGCUGAUGUGGUGACAGUGAAUUCAGAAGAGCAUCAGUAA